AUGGCUUUGUGCCAACAUGCGAGGGUAAAGCUACCCUCUCGGAGUCAAGUGAGGAUCCCUCCAGCUAUUGAUGACAGAUACGUGGCCAAGUACUGCAAACCGAAGAACUUAAGGAGUAGUUCAGCUGCUGAUGUUACCGGGACUUCUGAUGGUCCUGUUUUUCUUAUUCAUGUUUUUGUUGCAUCUUCUAAACAUUUUAGAAUGACUCGUCCAGUUGAAGAUAUUAAGAACAUAAAUGAUUAUAAGGAUUUAUGGAAGAUUGUUGUUAGAAUCAAAGAUUUGUGGUCUAUUACAACCAUGGCUAACAAAGAUCAUUUGAAAAUGGUGGUGAUUGAUUCGAAGAGAGAUAUGAUCCAAGUUAUUGUACCACCACAUUUGGUUCUAAAGCAUAAAGAUACUUUUAAAAUAGGAAAGACAUACAUCAUUCAAAAUUUCAAGGUGGCUAAAAAUGAUUUGACAUUCAAGGCCAAAACACAUAAUUUUAAGCUAAUUUUUUGUGGAGCAACUUCUGCAAGGGCUUCAGAUUUUCCAGACAUUCUUCUGAACAAUUUUAGCUAUUUAAUUGUUUCAUUUAUUUGGUUUAUUGAUUCAUUCUUAGAUGUAAUUGGGGGAGUUAAUGAAGUAAUUCAAGUUCAAUUGAAUGGUGCACAUAGCAAAAACAAAGUUGUUUUUACAAUGUCAGAUAUGAGUUUUGACGUUUACUGUACAUUAUGGGGUGAUCUUGCAUCGCAAUUAUGCAAUUUCUAUAAUAAUAACAGGUCAGGUGGACAUGUUAUUGUGUUGUUGCAGAAUGCAAGGAUAAAAAGAGAAGAAAGAAGUUUUCCAUUGACUGUGUCGAAUGCAUGGAAUGAGACAAAGUUGUCAAUUAAUGACUUUAACAUCGAUGAAAUUAAGAAGUUCAAAGAAAGUUUGCAAUAUGAGACAACAAUUGUGACUGUUGUCAAAUUGGAAAAAUCUGAAGCUGGACAACCCAGGUACAAACUUGAGGUUCAUGCUGUCGACGGCAAACACAGAGCCAAAUUUCUCUUUUGA